CAGGCACCUCGUCGAUACCUUGCAGAGGCAAUGGAGGCAAUGAUGCAGGUUCUGUUGUAGUCAAAAAAUAAAGAAAAAAAUAUUCUUAGCUGUGCAAUACUCUUUCAGUGUCAUUCAAUGCCUAACAUUUCAGAAGAUGAAAAGGAGAAUGGUUCUGGAAAUAAUGGAAACACGGAAAACAAACCUGGGAAAGCAUCUCCGGAUGCUUCUCUUCGUGAUCCGGUGAAGCCAUACUGCAUGUCAGACGCCUCCGCUGCCUCCUUGGUGUCUAGGGGAGAUGGGCAUUAUCCAUGGGGAUGUCCUGUGACUCAUACACGAGAGAAAUUUUAUACCAUUUGCUCAGACUAUGCUUUUUUAAACAGAGUAACAUCUAUUUGUAAAAGCCCAAGUGCUUCAGUUAGUGCCUGCCUGUCAGGCAGUGCUGCCUUAAACGUUGGAAACAAGAUGCCUAGCUUACUUGGCGUUCAAACUGGUGCUUCAGAGAUAAUCUUUGGCGAAGAUGCUAACUUGGAAAGCUUGCCUGGUGAUCUUGGAAAGCUUCCGCUGGCGUGGGAAAUCGACAAAUCAGAGUUCAAUGGUGUGAGUGCCAAUCUGAAGAACAAAGCAGGCAACAUGAAGAAACAAGUGACAAAGAAAAAAUCCGUAGACAAAAAAAGCAAACAAUACAGGGAGUGUCCUCAGCGUUCUGCUCUUGAAGACGUGAAGGAGAGGAAAGUGUUGGACCUCCGGAGAUGGUACUGUGUUAGCCGACCUCAAUACAAAACUUCCUGUGGAAUUUCAUCCUUAGUGUCCUGCUGGAAUUUCUUAUAUAGUACACUGGGAGCUGGAAGUUUACCACCUAUUACUCAAGAAGAAGCUUUGCAUAUACUGGGCUUUCAGCCCCCAUUUGAGGAGAUUAGGUUUGGUCCCUUCACUGGAAAUACAACUUUAAUGAG